AUGAAUGACAACGCCAAAAAUUUAUUGAGGGCAUGUGCAGAGAAUCUGUUAAAUGCAGUUAAUCGUCUGGAAAAUUCCCAGACACCCAGUCGAGGUGAGACACCCAGUCGAGGUCGGACACCCAGUCAAGGUCAGACACCCAGUCAAACACAGACACCCAGUCAAGGUCAGACACCCAGUCAAACACAGACACUCAGUCGAGGUCAGACACCCAGUCAAACACAGACACCCAGUCAAGGUCGGACACCCAGUCAAACACAGACACCCAGUCAAGGUCAGACACCCAGUCAAACACAGACAUCCAGUCAAGGUCAGACAUUAAGUCUUAUACCUACUCCAAGAAGAACAGCUGCUGAGGAGCACAGGGGUUUGUUUGGUUACAGACCUCCAAGUGCAAGGGUCGGUAAAACCAAACCACCCCCAAAAAGAAGAAUGGUGAUAACAUCAACUGGAGCACAAAUAUCUGUGCCAAUACGAAAUACAUGGUCCCGUACGUUUAUGUGUUUAACAAAACGAAAUGCAGUCACUCCACCUUCAACAAUGGACAAAAUGAACAUGGCUCUUGCAGGUUUGGAGGAACAAACCAUUACUUUUACAAAAAGUGGGAACAGUGAUCAUGUUCACCAGAAAAUCUUAGAGGCUUUCCCAAUGUUGGCUGAAGUGGGUGGUUAUGAAAUAUUAAGGACAGGGGAGAGAAGUUCACGCCAAUUAAUGGUCAUUUCUAUCCCCCCUGGUGGGUACACUGUCCAGUAUUCGAAGUCGACAAUCGCAUCAGCGAAAGGCUAUAUAAGACCUCUGCAAAGGGACAUUGUUUUAAAGCCAGUAACAUUAACAGAUCCAGAUCAGAGCCAGGUGGGUGAUAAACUGUCAUAAAUAACUACAGUGUAUAUAAAUAAGCUUCAUUGUAGUUUUCAGCUAUUGAUACAAAAUAUGAUUGAACCUGUUUUCAACAAAGCUGUUCUGUUUGUUUCAGAUUUCUAUGAGCCUGAAAGUAGCAUGUGUCAAUUGUCACCAGGACAUAGCGAUGGACACAAUGCGUUCACACCUGGAAAUAUGUGGAGGAGGGAGUUCAAUAGAUUAUGAUGAAAUAACUGUUACUAGGUAAAAUUGGGUACUGUAUUCCCUUUAGUUAACCCCCUCUCAAAUAAGCACCUGUGUAAUAAGGUACGUGUUUCUCAUAAGGAAUGAAUUAAUUACCCCCCCCCCUCUACUUUAGCACAAAACGUCUUUGGUUUGAUCAGAUUUAAUGUCAAUUUCAAAGGAGGUUGCAAUUCACCCGGUUGGCGUACGCAUUAGUGACAUGCAAAGAUAGUUUGUUCUAAGCUGGGAUAUUAACAGUUUAAAUCUAUCUCUUUUUUGUUAAAUAGUAGAAUUUGUAUAUUUGUCAUUUUAUGAAUUGAUAAAUAAGCACCCCUUUUCUUAUAAGCCCCCCUUUUCUUAUAAGCCCCCCCUCUAAUAACUCCCCUCCCUGAUUUACUGUAAUACUUAUAUAUUGUUUUCCUUCUGUACUGUUGUUGCACAGUAUAUACUGAAAUAAAUUACUGUAUAUGGGAAGCAUGAGUACCCAAUAUUAGGUACUUAACCAGGUAUCCGGAUUCAUUUUUCCUUAUCCGUAUACUGCUAUCUGAUACCAUCCAGGUUUCUGGGAGAACAGUAUCAAACACAUUCCUAUUAAUUUCACAUAUUUUUUCAAAAGUUUUUUAAUGUAAAGUACCGUAAUGCAGUUAAUUGACUAUGUAAAUUUCACUUAGUUGGACAUUGUUAUAUUUUAGUGACUGUGAAGAUCUGGAAAGUGAUGAGAUAAAUUUGGAAGCAGGAGGUAUGCUGGCAUAUGAAGGAUAUAAAUAAUUUCAAAAAUAUAUAUGUAGUGGAAGGUUUGGCCAAUGUACCAUUUAGAUAGCUAGAAGUAUACAGUAUACAUAAAUUAAAUUUACAUCUGGUUAAGGUAUUGUUACACGAGGCAAUUGUUGCUUCAACGUGCAAAGCAGAUGGAAUUUGCUCUCUUGUCAACAUUUAUCUCCGUAUUUCUGUAACAUUUUGCUUCUUAAAUGCAUGUUGUGUAAAGGUUUCAAGAUAGUAGAAACAGAAACGGAUGUUUAGAUUUUGCUCUGGUGGGGUGCAGAAAAUUUAGGGAGGAGGUGAGAGACGGGGUGCAUAGCGGCGGCAAACGAGCUGUAGGGGUAAAUGCUGUUACUGGGGGGGGAGGGGGAAAAGCCCCCAGGAGAUUUUUAGUCUUAUUUAGUUCAAAAUCCCUGUUUUUUGGUUGUAUUUAGUUCAAAAUCUUUGUCUUACUUAGUUCACACUACUGUCAUUUAAUUUAUGUUUUUUUUUUGGGGGGGGGAGGGGGUGCUGCAGAUUUCUCUAGGUGGGGUGGGAAAACUUUUUGGGGUGCCAACUAUUUUUGGGGGGUGCGCACCCCCAUAAAAUCUGUCCCUUAGUAGAAAUCAGACUGUGCUGACUAUUUCACUGUGACUGCUAUUAUAACAUCUGUCUAUGCUAGAAUUGCCUUUGCAACUUCUUACUCGUACCCAGUCUUACAAAUAAGGAUUUAAAAAAUAAUGGUGCAUCACACACCUCAGUUCACUGAUCUAUAUAAAUCAUAAUUGAUAACUGAGUACGAGUCAGUUGCAACUUGUUGUAAAAAUUGCCUUGUGCAUGUAACAUUUCCUUUACUUAAUCCAUUAUUUCAUGUAAUUUUGUUUGCUUUGUAACUUUUACUAUUGACACAUUUUAAUAAUUACUGUUACUGAUACCAUUGUCCCGGGAAAUUUGACCCUCCCCCCAAAAAAAUCCCCCCCCCCUGGGCCAAAUAUCCUCGGGGGUCAUAUUGCCCCCUCGGUGGCCCCACUCCCUAGGAUAUUUGGCUGGGUGAUUUCGGGGGGGGGGGGAAAUUUCCUGUGACACCGGAAAAACUUGCCAUAAAGGCACGAAGUCUCUACAUCAAGUCUGUAAAUUGUUUUGCAUUUUUUAAGCUUUGAGUCAACUGCAGACUAUUUUCUCCAACUUACCACCUGAGGAGGUUAGACAGGCAAUGGAAAAUGCGGAUGGAUGCAUUGAAGCAGCAACGGCUACGUUGCUAGGUGGGAGUGGUAAGUAUACCAUAAAGGCAAAAAAGAUUUUUUAAUUUUUACUUACUGUUACACACACACAUACACACACACAUAUAUAUAUGUGUGUGUGUGUGUAUCUCCCCGGGGAGGGGCACUCAGGUUUAAGUGAUUUCUUAGUGCAGGUUAUUGACAUUACGAAUGUUAAUAACCCCACUGAGAGGGAGAGCUUUUGGAUCAAAAAACUUAAUUGUUAUGUGCCAUGUGGGCUUAAUUUAAGGAAGGAGAUUUAAUUUAUGCUUAUGCAAAUUGUAGUAGAGUAUUUAAGUGAGAGACGGAGAUGAUUUAGUGUUAUUCUGAUGAAGGGGCUUGUCCCCGAAAAGUGAUCGAUAUCGUAUAGAUAGAGCAUGUAUAUAGUUUGUUUUACCUCAAAAAGGUUGCCAUAACAGCCCGUUUCAUCCAAGAAGAAUGAUAAGAGCCGCCUGAUUCCUCAUGGAUGAAACAGGCUGUUGUGGCAACCUUGUGUCCUGUAACCUUAAGAGAGGAUUGAUGAAAUUUCUUCUUAAUUCUUGUUAAAAUCUAUUAAAAACAUUGUCUUAAUACGUAAAUAUUUACAAUUUUUCCUGUUGCAAAGGAGUCAAUUCAAGGGGUGUGCACGAGUGUAGCAAAUGUUACUGCAGUAUCUCAUUAUGUAUAUCAUAUCUGACCUUCUGUAGCUCCAAGUGAAAAGGGAACGCUUGUUAAUCUCCUUGUAUUGAUUUAGAUGAUGAUCUUAUAAUGUCCAUUUCUGGUAUUGCUCCCGCGACAACGACUAGCAAAGAUAGCGCAGAAAGUCAAGGUUGCACCUUACAUGCACUGAGAAAAAAUGUCAUUGAUGAAUCGGUAGUGCAGCGAUUCGUUGUUUCACGAGAAGAGGGCACGGAGGAAUUAAAGAGGGACAUAAUGGGCUAUUAUAAAGAUAAGACGUGUAAACUAACAGCGAAACCACGUGUAAGAUUUGAGGGCGAAGAGGGUGUGGGAAGUGGCCCGGUUCGAGAGUUCUUCCUAUGUGCCAUGAAGCUUGUGCACGAAGGAAUUGGUGGAACAGGAAAGCCAAUACUCUUUUUCGAAGGAGAAGAAGAUCACAAACUUCCGACCCAUGAUCAAUCGGCGAGGUCAACUGGUGCAUUCAAAGCCAUUGGAAGAAUCAUUGGGCAUUCUGUAUUACACGGGGGCCCCUUGCUUUAUGGCCUUUCGCCAGUGGUGAAGAGAUACUGGGCUGCAUCAGCAUCAGAUGGUUGCGACGGUUAUGACGCGGAAACUAUUCUUUCAAGUAUAACUUUAGAAGACAUACCUGACAUAGACCUCCGGGGAUAUAUAUCGCAAGUAAGUAUCAUCGCUUUGUUCUAUUAGCAUUAUCUUUCUCGCCUAUGUGGCAUAUACAUGAUACGUUUUCCUCUAUACCUUUAUUUUUAGUGAAAUUCGUACCAGUUAUGGAGCUUUUACGAAGAGUAAAACAAGUUUACUGCACUAAUUACCAUUUGCAAUACAUCUUAAAUACCACUGUUAUUUGUAGCUUGAAGAUGUUGCCCCAGAUGUUAGAAUCCCCGAAACAACUAAAGGAAGAUCUCACACCAUAUGUAAUUGAGUCGGGUCUGGAUAUUGAUCUUCUAAAUUCUGAUCGAAAGCUAAUUGCCCAAGGACUGAUGAUGUAUCAGGUUAUUGAUAAGCGAAAGCAAGAACUAGACGACAUAUUGAAGGGUAAGCACAAUGUUGUCACGAAAAUACAAGCGAAGGCUCGAAAAAAAACAUUGCUCUUCCACAAUGUACUAAAGUACACUGUGGAAGACCAAUGUUUUAUUUCGAGCCUUCGCUCGCGGGAAGUGGUACAACAAGAGUAGUACUUGGAUAACCUACCCGGAAUUAAUGUCUCCGUUUUUUCGCUGUUAACCCAUUAAGCAGCAAUGCGCUCAAAUGCGCCCUAUUUUAUUCUUUUACUCUGUCUAACGCCAGACGGUUUUUCUCGUCAGGAGGAGAUUUCGCACUCUAAUGGGUUAAACGAUUUUUCAAUCUUAUCUGACCUUAAAACCCCAAUUAAUGAAAAGCAAAACAUGAAUGUAUAACCCAAGUGGUCUAUAAUACAGUUUAUAUCUCAUUUGCGUCGGUUUUCUUUGUUCGUACGAGGUUUAUAACUAGCUUAUAUACCUUGAAUAAAUGAUUAGAUGAAACUUGUAGACAAAACGCGAGAAUUUUUCAUCAAAAAUUUUUGAAAAUGACAAAAUAUGUUGGAAAACCUCCGCAAAUGAGAUAUAAGUUAGUUAUAAACCUCGAAAGUCGGUUUAUAACUCUAACAUAAGUCAAUUUUGAUAUGUUACAGGACCCUAUGUCUGCCAUGUUGGGUUAUUCCAGACUUCCAGAGUGAAAACCGCUCUGGAAAGGCCAGUUUAUAUGUUCUGGUGACAUUAACUUACUGUGGCGAACAUUUUGUGUCGUUACAUGUUUAGGUAUGAAAGAAGUCCAGUUGCAUUCUUGUCUGGCAUGCUGUACGGUUGAUGUACUAGAAAGUAUUUUUCCAACACAUGACAAACAAUUCAUCACAUUUGAUGAAGUGAAGUCUGUGUCGGUUUUCGAAGAGACUGAAGGUCACGAAAAUACAAUUUCCUUCUGGUUUCAAUAUCUGUCAGAUCUUGCAAAAUAUGAAUCAGGUAUCGUCAUGGUCACAAAUUAUUACAGGUUUAUAAGGCCUGUUUUGUACAAUUUUGCAUGCACGUAUGUGUAAAAAAAUGAAAUAAUUUUAAAAAAUGAUGAAUAUUCUUACAUAUAUAUAGGAAAACCUACCUUGACUGAUAUGUGUUGUUUUUGGACGGCCACAAAUAUCUUGCCACCAAGAAGUUGUUCGCUACAAGUGAAGUUUGACGAUGGCACCGGUAAAUUACCGUACGCGGAAACUUGUUUUUACUCACUCACCCUCCCUACGAUGCAUAAAACGUAUGCAAUGUUCAAGAAAUAUAUGGACAUAGCGCUGCUGCAUGGUUCACUUGGAAUAGACCAUUCAUGA